AUGAAUCGAUUCUGGCUUUCCGUCUUUUGCGUCGCGACCUUUGUGUCUUCUGCCAUGACUCGCGUCCACGAGAUUAUUUGCAAUUCCCCCCCAGGCUUGAACAACCCCGUAGGCGGCUCGGUUACUUGCUACACUACUGACGGAGAAGUGGAGAAUACAUACAACUGCGACUGGAAGUUUUGCACCCAAGCAAAGGCCAAUGGUUGUGAAGUCAACGGCUAUUCAUGGCCUGCGGCUGAGACUUUCACGUGUGACAAAACUUACGACCUUUUAAAUGGAAACGACUACAAAAUCGCUUGCGAUGUCACCGCGGAUUACAAUAAAAAAUGUCAAGGCCAGCAUACCGCAAAAUGUUCACCCGGUAACCAAAAACGUGUAGCGAAAUGCAAGACGAUCGCCGUUCAUUCGCAUUGUACUGGUUGCCACUUCAAGUGA